GCUCGCCUGAGUGCCGUCCGAUUAGCUGGAGCCCUUCCGUCAUUUUAGUCUUAGCCAAUCCGGCAGACGGGCCUGUCGAUCAGAUGCAUAAGCCGUUAGUUCCGGAGGACCAAUGUUGUGAUUGGUUAGAAUCUCCUCCUAUCGAGCUGGUCUCGAUCAUGUUUUCUUUUGGGCGUGGCUGCUGCAAGUCUAACCCGUAUCUCGGUCGUUUCUCAUCGUGAUAUCAUCUAGCGAGAUGCUGAUGGUCGGCCAAUUGGCCACUAGGAGGUUUGUGGCGUCCGCAAAGGUACGCUAUUGGAAGUCGCAUAUAUGACUUGGCAGCACAAUAUAAACAUGCCCUUGAUCUCUUUCGUAGUUGAUUAGAAAGAAGGCUACAGGAAUCCGGUACACUCGUUUCUUCUCUCCUCAAGAUCCUCCCUAAAUCAUCCCUCACAAUGGCGGUCCGAUCUCUUUUCCAGGCUUGUCUCUUGAGCCCUCUCGUCUCUGUUGUUUCCGCGGGACCUGCCCUCGGCAAGAUCGGCUCAUUCGUGCAGACGCAAAAGCUCUCCGACCCCAACUACGGCCCUAAGCCGGGCCAAGACCCGCUAUUCAGCACAUACUACGGCGUCGAAGCACCCUUCCCCGGAAACCUAAGAGAUGCCGUCCUGCCAACCAAGACCGGACCGCCCGGCGAAGACGACCAGGUCUGGCAGAACCUUCUCGCAGCCGAGUGGAUAAUCUUCGACUUCUACCAAAAAGCCGUCGAAUCCUUCAACGCGACAUCCUUCGUCGCCGCCGGCUACCCCAACACCACAUACCAACGCAUCCAAGAAAUCCGCAACAACGAAGCCGGCCACCUCCGCAUCUUCCAAAACCAAAUCUCCCCCACCUCCGUCAAGCCCGGCGGCUGCGAAUACCAAUACCCCUUCUACGACGCGGUCUCCUUCCUCGCGCUCGCCACCGUCCUCGAGAUCUCCAGCAUGGCCUUCCUCACGGGACUCGUCCAACAAGCCAAGCUGCCCUCCUCGCAAGGCGCCAUGCUCGCGAUCGCAGAAACCGAAGCGCGCCACGAAGUAUGGAGUCUGAUCGAGAUCUGGAAGCAGAACCCGUUCGGCGGACCCGCGGACACCACCUUCCCCUACGCCAACCAGAUCCUCGACUCCACCAACGGGUACAUCGUGCCAGGAAGCUGUCCGCUUGAAAACCCGCCCUUCCCCAACCCGCGACAGAACCUGCCCUCGCUUAGCGCGGCAAAGGGAACCGUGUCGCUGACGCCCGGCUCGAAUAUCGCGCUUAACUUCACGAACCCGGAGAACCAGCCGACGUUCGCGAAGGGGAAGGAUUAUUACGCGGUUUUUUUCCAUGGUGUGUAUAAUGUGAGUGUCCCGAUCGAUACGAAGGAUUGGCCCGAGAAGGAGAUCUAUGUUACGAUCCCGGAGCAGUUCGAGACGAAGGGGGUUAUUGUGGCGGUUGUGGCGGAUGCGGAGGGGGCGCCGACCGAGGAGACGGUUGUUGCGGGGCCGGGUGUUAUUUUGGAGCAGCCUGCUGCGCUUGCUACGAAGUUGUUGUAAAGAAUAGUUAGAAGGGCGAGUGGGGGGGAAGAGAGGAAGGGAAGGGGAUUCGAUUCUAGGAGGAGUAUAUAGUGAACGCAAGGUUUAGAUAGGUAUGGCUUUUGGUCUAGACUCUUAGUAAUGUCAAAUUUUAAUCCCCUUUACUUUAA